AUGGCGGCGCAAGGCGCCAACAAUGGGAACGGCGCUAGCAGCAGGAUUGGAGACAUGUCAGAACUCCUGGGACUCUCGAAGCUGCAGGAAGUCCUUCAAAGCCUCGCUGAGGAGCAGGCCAAAGUCGAUGCGACACAGGAGAAGCAGGAUGAGAAGAUCUCAGCUGCCAGCACUCGACUCGACACGCUUGAACAGGGCUUGCAGGAGGUCACCUUGACCUUGGUCCCGGAACUGCAACGACAGCUUGAGAACAUCCAAGAGCAGUGCAAGGCCGUCGAGGAAGCAACUCGGAAACUUCGAGAUCAGGAGGCUCAGCUCACCAGCCAGUCGGCUCGCGUUGCUCUCUUGGAAAAGCAGGUGAACGAGCGCUUGUCCUCCUUGGAGGGCAAGGUGAGUGGCCUGGAGCUGAAGGGAGAGGAGCGCUACACCGAGGUCAAGCUCUCGAUCGCUUCUGUCCAGGAAGGCCAAACACUCCAGGCCGAGGAGAUCAAGGCUGCAGAGGCUGCCCGACAUGAGGCCAUGCAGGAAGAGCGCCGACGUCAGCAGGAAGCAGAGGCCUUGCGUGAAAGCGAGCGGGCACAGCUCGAAGCACAGCUGGCGCAGCAGGAGGCCGAUCGCCACAAGAAGGAGGAGGAAGCAGAGCAGCGUCGCGCAGAUGAGCAAGCUGAACGACGCAAGCAACAGGAACAGGAGGCUCAAGCAGCAAAGGCUGCCAAAGAGGCCAAGGAGGCCCAGGAAGCCAAGGAACGUGCAGAUGCGGAGGCGGCUGCAGCGGCUGCGAAACAGGCGGCAGAGGCCUCCGUGGAGGCGGCGGCGGAGCCGGAGGAGAGCACUCAGCCAGUGGCGCCAACUGCCUCGAGCAAUCCUCUGAAGAGACUGAGCGCCGCACAGAGAAACCAGCACAAGCUUUGCAAAAAGAAGUUGAAGGAGAUCGAAGGUCUCCAGGCACAGCUGACUGCAAAGCAGGUAAAAUAUUCCCAUCUGACUGACGAUCAGAAGGAGAAGAUCAAACGCAAAGCAGAGCUGGAGCAGACUGUGACCGAGCUGGAACGCUUGGCCGAGGAUCUCGAGCAGGAGGCCCAGAAGCAGGAGGAACAGGAGCAGGAGCCCGUGGUGGAAGAGGCCCCUGUCCAGGUUGAAGAGGAGGUGGCACCUGCGGUGGAGGCAGAAGAGGAAAAAGAAAUCGAAGCCGGAGAGGCAGAGGAGGUCCAAGAAGAGGAGGACCCGGAGGUCGCAGCUGCGCGCGCUGCCGAGGAGGCAGCCGCCGCUGCGGCUGCUGCUGCCGCUGCCCUCGAGGCAGAGAAGCAGGCCCUUGAAGAGAAGAAGCAGGCCUGCCAGAAGCAGAAGAAAAACACCCUCAAGAAGAUCAAGGAAAUUGAUGCAAUCGAGGCGAAGAUGGCAGAGAAAGGUCAAACCUUUGCCGAGCUGCUUCCGGAAGUGAAAGAAAAGGUGGGCAGAAAAUCCGAGCUCUUGGCUACGGUGGAAGAAAUGGAUCGGACCGUCCAGGAGAUCGACGCCAAGCUGCAGAACCAUGGGCAACCAGAUUGCAAGAUCGAGGCAGAGGAGGCACCCACCAAGCCGGCCAAAAAGCCAGCGAAAGCUGCAGAGCCGGUAAGACCGGCGGAGGUGCCAGCACCGGCUCCGGUUCCCCAGCAGAGCGAGGCGGAGGCCGAAGACGCCGCCGGCGACCUCAAGGCUGCGGACUCGGAGCCUUCCGCACCCCUGCAGAAAGCUGAAGCCACAUCUGAAACCGCUGGAGAACAGUCCCCAGGCGAUGAAGACGAAGAGGAGGACUCCAAGAGCAAGCCGCGAGCAAAGAGCAAGGCAGCAGCGAAGGCCAAGAAGAAGACGAAAAAGUCGCCGGGCGAGAAGAAGCAAAACGACACUGCUGAGAUAGAUGCUUUGGCGGCUUCGAUUGCAAAUGAUGCCGUGCAGGCUGACAAGAAAAAAGGCUUAUUCGGGAUCUUGGGCAACUGGGGGCUGAGCUAA